CUCGUGAGCUUCUGGUAAAUUGGAAUUCUCUUGGAAACUAACAUUUCUCUCUCUUUUCUGUAUAGUUCAUUUCAUUGAGGUGCUGAAACCACAUCACAUACCUUCUAUCUCAACACAUUAUCAACUUAUCAAUGGCGUCUUCAUCAUCAUCUUCUCCAUUGCCUCCAGCCCUUUCCUCUCAAUCAUGGAAUCAUGACGUUUUCCUUAGCUUUAGAGGAAAAGAUACUCGGAAGACUUUUGUCGAUCAUCUCUAUAAAGCUCUUGUACAACAAGGAAUUGACACUUACAAGGACGAAGAAACGCUUCGUCAGGGUGAAUCGAUCCGUCCAUCCCUUGUGAAGGCUAUUGAGGAAUCACAUAUUGGCAUCAUCAUAUUCUCUAAAAACUAUGCAGAUUCAACCUGGUGCUUGGAUGAACUAACACAUAUUAUGAAAUGCAAGGACAUGACAGGGCAAAUUGUGAUCCCCAUAUUUUAUGAUGUGGAUCCGUCUGAAGUGCGAAUACAAAAACGGAAAUACGGAGAGGCAUUUGCCAAACAUGAGCUGAGGAACAAAAAAAAAGCUGAAUCUUGGAGAAAAGCACUUGUAGAUGCAAGUAACCUCUCUGGAUGGGUUCCCAAGAACAUUGCCAACGGGUAUGAAUCAAUGGCUAUCAAAGAAAUUGUUGACAAUAUUUCAUCGAGGUUGCAGCUAGUAACUUCAAGUGCAAAUGAGAAGCUGAUCGGAAUAGCGGCUCGCGUGCAACAUUUAAAAUCAGCGUUACAAAUUGGGUUGGGUGGUGUGAACAUGAUUGGAAUAUGGGGGGUUGGAGGUGGUGGUAAGACUACUCUUGCAUCUUCUAUAUAUGAUGAAAUCUAUAGAAACUUUGAUGGUUGCUGCUUUGUUGCAAAUAUUCGAGAGGAAUCAAGCAGGCAUGGUUUGGAAAAAUUGCAGAAACAAAUUCUUAAAAAGAUGGAAGGGAAGAGCAUUGGGGGAGGAAGAAGCUUGAUAGAUAAGAGGUUUCGUAAUAGAAAGGUCUUGAUUGUUCUUGAUGAUGUCAAUCACCUUGACCAACUAGAAGCUUUAGCUGGAUCGCCUGAUUGGUUCGGUGAAGGAAGUCGAAUAAUAAUCACAACCAGAGAUGAGCAUUUAUUAAAAGCUCAUGAAGUUGUGGUACAUGAUAUUAGCUUGUUAAAUGCUGAUGAGGCUAUUCAGCUCUUUCACAAGUAUGCAUUCCGGGGUUCCAUGCCUAUGAAAGAUUAUGAUCAGCAACUUUCAAAAGAGGUGGUCUCUUAUGCCGGUGGGCUUCCAUUGGCACUUACAAUUCUCGGUUCUUCUCUCUGUGACAAAAAUAUUGAUCAGUGGAGGAGUGCAUUAGCCAGACUAAAAAAGAUCCCAGAUAAUAAGAUUCUGGAAAAGCUAAAAAUCAGCUUUGAUGGACUUACAAAGGUUCAGAAAGACUUGUUUCUUGAUAUUGCGUGUUUUUUUAGGUGGGUGGAGAAAGAUACGGCAAUGGAGAUGCUUGAUGCUAAUGGUUUUGAUCCUGUUAUAGGAGUAGAGGAGUUGAGACAAAAGGCUCUCAUAACUAUUUUGGAUGGAAGGUUCGAUAUGCAUGAUCUGUUGCAAGAAAUGGGACACUACAUUGUUAGAGGGGAACACCCUAGGAAUCCCGAAAAGCAUAGUAGAGUUUGGAAGAAGGAAGAUGUUCUUACAAUAUGUGCUAUGGAUGCAACCAUGGAACUUGACAUGAUUGAAGCAAUAAAAGUUGGUUAUAGUAGCUUUCGAGAGGCAAAACCUCCUCCUAUUCUUGCAAACAUGAGGAACCUUCGUUAUAUUCAAUGGAAAGGUGAUCCUGCAAAUCCGUCGGUUAAUAACUUUCCACCAAGGGCGCUUUGUUGUCUGGUAUUAGAGUAUGCCAUCCAAGACCAACUUUGGAAUGGUUAUAAGUGUCUGCCAAAUUUGAAGAUGAUUACACUUUGGCAAUUGAAAAACCUGGUCAUGACACCAAAUUUUGAUGGAAUUCCACUUCUGGAAAUAUUCAAGCUUCAUGGAUGUCCGAAAUUAAAAGAGAUUCAUUCAUCAUUUGGAGGCUUGGACAAGCUUGUUUGCUUAUCUAUAAUAGACUGCAAGGGUAUUAAGAAGUUUCCAUCUAUUACCCGACUAAAGAAAAUCGAGACCCUUUCAUUCGCAGAGUGCCCUAGAGUUUUUAAGCUUUCAAAGAUCCAACAGAAGAUGGACAGUUUGGGAGAUGAAGACAUGAGCUCUGCUGUUAGGGAGUUAUCAAACUUGAACAACAUACAGUUACGUUAUUUUCAUUAUUUUCGUUUUUUUCGCAGAGAGUACCUGAGAAAGUUGGAUCUCGGUUUCUGUGAACUGGGGGAUGAAAACAUGAGCUCUGCUGUUUGGGAGUUACCCAACUUGAAAGAACUCGAUCUAAGAGGAAAUUACUUUUCAUGCUUAAGUUUUGGUCUAAUGCGAAUUCCUCGGCUCAAAUUUCUGGAUGUGUCAUCUUGCACAUGCCUUGUAAAAUUAUCAGAGCUCCCAUCAAGCAUAUCUGUUCUUAAAGCAGAUGAUUGCAAGUCACUUAAAACCUUUGGAGAUACUUAUAACUGUAAAUGGCUUUGGAAAGUCUCGCUUUUUGGGGCGCACGAAGUAGGUUUAGCAGCUGGUUACAUGUUACUAGAUUCCAUGCUUAAGGGAAAUUCUAUUGAAGAUCACCUUAUCAGUGUUACUCUUCAUCCUGAGAUUCCAGUAGGGUCUAUAGAUAGGCUGUUUAGAGGGAACUCAUUUACAUUGCGUCUGCCACAUGAUUGGUACAAUGACUUUUGUGGGUUCUUAAUACGCGUUGUUACCUUCAACGUAAUUCCGUUUCUUGUUAUAAUCAUCAAGCAAGAGGUAAAUGAAGAUCCUCCAUUUGAGCUUUGGCAGGAAUCUAAUGAAGAACUAGAGCAAGAUUCUAAUGAAGAACUGGAGCAGGAAUAUGAUGAAGAAUUGGAUUUGGAAAAUGUGACACAUGUAGAAUAUGUUUCCUUUAAUUCAUUGAGGCACAUUGCAUCCUUGAAUUCAACUUACAAUGUGAUCUCGAUUUCCUUAGAUCAAUUUGGGUUCAAUCUUAUAGAGACAGCUGGAAAUAGAAUAGGUGCUGAACUUAUUCCUAGGAAAAGUGAAGAUGCUCUGGUGCAAACAACAAAAGCAGUAAUAGGAGACUCAGAAUUUUGGGAUGAGGAAGUUGCCCAUGCACCGACGUUUACCAUCGAACAUGAUUCAUCUAUCAAGAUUGUAUUGAUGACUUGAUACUUAGGCCAACAAUAUCAAACAAAAGAAUACAAUUCAUGCUCUCGGUAUUUUCUUUUGCAUUGUUAUUGUUAAAUGGUCAGUGGUAUCAAGUACUUUUCUCAAAUUCUUGAUAAAAUGACAUUUCCAUCUGUAUCUAGUCUAAUAAAUACAAACUGUUUUUGCUACAUGCCAUACUCUCAUACAUUUUGUCACAUGUCAUUUUGUAGUUAUUAAUUUUUUUUUUCCA